CACCACCACUUUUAUCAGACUGAGGGAGAGCCACCACUAGAGGUCGUCAAGGUCAACAUGCGAAACAGGGACUAUGCAGUCGUGUUCAUUUCAUUCUGCAUUUUACAUCUCUCCACUCUCAGUGAAGGCCGUCCCCUAAGAAAAAGGACGGUGAGUGAGGUCCAGCUCAUGCACAACGUCGGAGAGCACAAGCAGGUGCAGGAGCGCCGGGAGUGGUUACAGAUGAGGCUCCGAGGCAUCCACACCGCCGCGGCCCGGGGCAGCAGCGAGGAGGUGGGCCGGACCAGGAGGAGGCUGCGUCUCGAGGAGCUUCCCGACCUGACACCAGAGGAGAUUCAGUACGCUUUGAACUUCUUGGAAAAGCUCCUAAAGUCAAAGCAGUCCUGAUUUUAACUGACUCUGAGCAACAUUUACAACAUUCUCUUUAAAGAAUUUCAGGCUAUUUCCUAUCUCAUUUGAAUCGUUUCGAGAUGUCUUAAUGUGUCCUUAUUUUAUUGGAAUGCAUCAGUGUACAUUUUCAUUAUAUUCACUGUAUUUUACUUAUGAGACUGAUUCUAACGGAACUGAGGGAAACUGUCUUCCCUGUUGUGAAUGCACUUUUAGGCCUGUGUAACCGGUGGUGUUGACGAAUCAAGUUGGACCAACGGUGUUGUUUUAAGUUAACAACGCCCUUAUCAACGGGCUUUCCUGUCUUUGUACGAAUGUAUAGCCUAUGUCUAAGGCUUAAUAAGAGGCUAUAAACUUCAACAACACAGACAUCAAUUGUAUAUUUUUUAUAUGUAGUCGAGGCCUAUAUUUAACUUGCCUAUAUAAAAUAGGGCAUUUUAUUUUUUUAUAACUAUGCUAGAUGUGUA